ACGCAAAGUUAAGAGGAGAAAGGGCGAGGAGCUAGGAGUAGGAGGAGGGCAUGAGCUUCGGGGAUCUCUUCGACGGCGGCGGGGCCGCUGCUGGCAUGCAGUACCCGUACGGCGCCUUCGCGUCAUCGCCGGCUCUCUCCCUCGCGAUGUCGGACGCCGGACGCCACGGAGAUCGCAGCGGUGGGCGGAUGGGUUCGGUGUCCCAUGGCGGCGGCGGGAACGCGAUGGAUGCGUCGGAGCUGGCGAACAAGAGCCUGUCGGUGAGCGAGCACAUCGGUGUCGUCUCUGGCGGCGGCGAGGACGACGAGGACGCCGAGGCUGGGAACCCGCGCAAGCGCAAGAAGCGGCACCACCGCCACACGCCGCAGCAGAUCCAACAGCUCGAAGCGGUGUUCAAGGAAUUCCCGCACCCAGACGAGAAGCAGCGCGCAGAGCUGAGCAAGCAGCUGGGCCUGGAGCCGCGGCAGAUCAAGUUCUGGUUCCAGAACCGGCGGACGCAGAUGAAGAAUCAACUGGAGCGGCACGAGAACGCGGUGCUGAAGCAGGAGAACGACAAGCUGCGCGCCGAGAACUUGUCCAUCCGGGAGGUAAUGAGGGACCCGGUGUGCGUCGGCUGUGGCGGCCCAGCGACGCUUGGGGAGCUGUCCCUGAAUGAGCACCAUCUGCGCGUUGAGAACGCGAGGCUCAGGGACGAGCUCACCCGAGUCUGCGCCCUCACAGCCAAGAUCAUCGGCAAGCCCAUUUUUCUCAUGGCGCCGCUGCACAUGCAUCAGACGCGUCCUAUGCCAGGCUCGUCACUGGAGCUUGUAGUCGCUGGUGCUGGAUCAAUGCCAUCGAGCACAAUGCCCGUCUCAACGAUCUCUGAGUUUGCUGGCAGUGUGUCAAGCCCAAUAGGCACGGUGAUCGCGCCCAUGUCGAUGGUUGGCAUUGAUAAGUCCAUAUUCUUGGAGCUUGCAACGAGUGCAAUGGAUGAGCUUGUCAAGAUGGCGCGGAUGAAUGAGCCGUUGUGGAUUCCAAGUGUUUCCUCACCUGGCUCGUCCGCCAAGGAGACACUAAACUUCAAAGAGUACUUGAGGACCUUCUCACCAUGCAUUGGGGUGAAACCCGCUGGGUUUGUGUCUGAGGCUUCUAGGGAGUCUGGCAUUGUCAUCAUUGACAGUAGCGCUGCUCUUGUCGAGGCCUUCAUGGAUGAGGGACGGUGGUCCGACAUGUUCUCGUGCAUGGUUGCCAAGGCAUCAACCGUUGAGGAGAUCUCAACUGGCGUUGCAGGGAGCAGAAAUGGUGCAUUGCUGCUUAUGCAAGCGGAGCUACAGGUGCUUUCGCCUCUUCUCCCUAAAAGGGAGGUGACUUUUCUUAGGUUCUGCAAACAGCUGGCCGAGGGUGCAUGGGCUGUAGUGGAUGUUUCCAUUGAUGAAUUCUUGAAGAAGCAAUACCAAGCUGCAAACGUGAAUUGCCGGAGGCUGCCUUCAGGUUGCGUGGUGCAAGACACCCCCAAUGGUUGGUGCAAGGUCACAUGGGUUGAGCAUGCAGAAUAUGAUGAGGCAUCCGUGCACCAGCUCUACCGGCCUCUUCUCCGGUCCGGCCUCGCCCUUGGUGCAGAGCGGUGGCUCGCAACACUACAACGCCAGUGCGAGUGCUUUGCCAUUCUCAUGUCAUCAGUUGCAGUGCUCGAGCAUGACUCGGCAGGUGUUUCACCGGAAGGGAAACGGAGCUUGUUGAAGUUGGCACAGAGGAUGACGGAGAACUUCUGCGCAGGGGUGAGCGCAUCAUCUGCUCGUGAAUGGAGCGAACUGAAUGGCUUGAAGGGCAGCAUUGGGGAAGAUGUGCGUGUCAUGGUACGGAAGAGUGUCAAUGAACCUGGUGUGCCGCCAGGUGUGGUGCUCAGUGCAGCGACAUCAGUGUGGAUGCCUGUGACACCUGAACGGCUCUUCAACUUCCUGCGCAAUGAAGGGCUGCGUGCUGAAUGGGACAUCCUCAGCAACGGUGGCCCUAUGCAGGAGAUGACACGCAUUGCCAAGGGGCAACUGGAUGGAAACUCCGUUACUCUGCUGAGAGCCGACCCUACAAACACCAACCAGGACAGCAUGCUGAUUCUUCAAGAGACGUGCAUCGACAAAUCCGGUGCAAUGGUUGUGUACGCCCCAGUGGACAUCCCAGCAAUGGAGCUUGUCAUGGGUGGAGGGGACUCGACGUAUGUGGCACUCUUGCCAUCCGGUUUUGCCAUUCUGCCUGGCGGGCCUAGCAUCAGCGGCGGUGGGCACAAGACAAGCGGAUCACUGCUCACAGUUGCGUUCCAGAUACUUGUCAACAGCCAGCCCACUGCAAAGCUCACCGUGGAGUCAGUAGACACCGUCAACAACCUUAUCUCCUGCACCAUCAAGAAGAUCAAGGUGGCGCUGCAUUGCAACGUCUAGACAUGGAAAUGGAAGAUUUUUGGCCUAGUGUGGGCAACCGGUGAUUAGUCUGAGUCAAGAACGAACCGUGAAAUAGAAUUAGACCUUUGCUAGGUGGUACGGAUCGAUGGAGCAGGUCCGUAGCACAGAGCAAUGGUGGUGGUUCGGGCAUUGACUCGGCACCAAUGGUGACUGGUGAAGUAAUCUGCAUUUUGGACACCACUGUAGUUGGUCAUCCAUAUAUAUGCUUUUGUGGGGUUCUAGGGACUAGGGGGUCUGGAGUCGUCAUUUUUUUGUUGGCUGGCUGUGGCUCAGGUUUUGGUAUCUCUGUUUCUUUUAGUUACAGCAAAUGUAAUGCUUUCUGUAGGAGCUCCGAUUUGUCGUUAUGAUUGGUGUAACUCUGAUACUCUACCUGUCAAUGUCUGGCAAAAGCAGCAUUGUAUGGUGAA